AUGAGGUUGAUCCCGGUCUUGCUGCCGAGCCUGGCCACGGCCUUGGUGGCGCCGGCGCGCCCCCUCACGGUGACCCCGGCGCGAUUAGCCCCCUUGCAAGCCGGCGCCGUCGCCGACGCCGAAAAACUGAAGGUGGCGCCCAAGCUCGAGAGCCCGCCCGUCGACUCCAGCGGCACGCUCCCGAAGGUGAACGGCGGCAUCGUCAUCGGCACGCGCAAGCUCGCCGUCGUGACGGGCGCGUCGUCCGGUUUAGGGUUGUACGGCGCCUUGUCCCUCGCCAAGCGCGGCGACUACUACGUGGUCCUCGCGUGCCGGAACGUCGAGCGCGCCGAGCGCGUCGCCAAGGAGAUGGGCUUCCCCGCCAACAGCUACACGGUCAUCAAGUGCGAGCUCGGGUCCUUCAAGAGCGUGCGAGACUUCGUUUUUAAUCUCAGAGCCUUCAAGGGGCCCCGAGGGCUAGAUGCUCUGGUUUGCAACGCGGCCGUCUACCUGCCGGUCCGCGCCGCGGCGUCUUCAUUGAUCUUGAACGUGACGUCUUCGUGAGACCACGCCGCCUCGACGGCGUCGACGCGGCCGUCCGAGAUUCGACGCGUCUCGCGAGAGCGCCGCGGCGGUACGGGUGAACCGCCGGACACCCACAAAGGGGACCCAAAGAUCACAAAACCACCACGCAGGCGGACCCCAAACCCAGAUUCACGGAGGACGGCUACGAGAUGUCCAUGGGCGUGAACCACCUGGGCCACUUCCUCCUCACUCAAUUACUCAUGUCCGACCUCGAGAAGGCGAAGAACGCGCGGUGUAUCAUCGUUGGUUCGAUUACGGGCAACUCCAAUACCAUCGGCGGUGGUUUAGUGUAUCCUCGAGCCGAUUUGGGCGACCUGUCCGGCCUCAAGGCCGGACCGGGUUCGGAGAUGGCCGACGGCAAGCCCUUCUUCGGCGCCAAGGCCUACAAAGAUUCGAAGGUCUGCAACAUGAUGACGGUCCAGGAGAUGCACCGCCGCUUCCACGACAAGACGGGGAUUACGUUCUCCUCCUUGUAUCCUGGGUGUAUUGCGGAGACAGGGCUCUUCAGAGAAAAGCGGGGCUGGUUCCGGUCGCUCUUCCCGGUCUUCAUGAAGUACGUGACGGGAGGGUACGUCUCGGAGGCCGAGGCCGGAGAUAGAUUGGCCCAGGUCGUGUAUGAUCCGGUGGCGUCGAAGAGCGGCGUCUACUGGUCGUGGAACGGCAACGCGCAGCAGGUCGGGCUGUACGAUCCCUCUUCCGGUAGCGUCAAGGGCGCGGGCGGCUCCGGGGGCGAGAUCUUCGAGAACAAAUACUCCUCGUCGACGGCGGACGAGCGGACCGCGGCGGAGAUGUACGAGGCGUCGAUGAAGGCCUGCGGCCUCGCAUGAGCCUCGGACAACAUUGCUGCUGUUUUCCCUCCGUCGUCUUACCCCCGUUCAUAAAUGAUGAAUAGUG